AUGAUUCCUUCUACAAUCCUGUCAAACAACAUCGAAAUGCCGUUAAUUGGCCUUGGAACAACGCAUUCCGGUGGUUAUUAUCAUGAUGCAGUCCUUCAUUCAAUUAACAAAUGUGGAUAUCGUCUCAUUGAUACAGCUAAACGAUAUGGAGUUGAAAAACAAUUAGGAAUUGCUGUGAAUAACUGUUCGAUUCCAAGAGAAGACCUCUUUUUAUGCACAAAACUGUGGCCUGUUGAUUGUGGAGAUGCCGUUUUUGACGCAUUCCGGACAUCUUGUGAGAAAUUACAAACAGAUUAUUUGGAUAUGUAUAUGAUACACAUGCCACAACUUCCGGAUUGGAUUGUGGAUCAGAAGGAAACAAAAGAGAAGACGUGGAGACAAAUGGAACUUCUUUAUGAAGAUGAACAUGUCCGCUCAAUCGGUGUCAGUAACUAUUCGAUCGAUGAUCUAGAAGAGUUGACGGAGUUUGCGAGUAUACUCCCACACGCCAAUCAAAUUGAGUUCCACCCGUGGUUUCAUCAGUCUGACCUCAAAAAGUACUCGGAUGAAAAUGGAAUUCUCACGAUGGGAUACUGUCCACUAGCCAAGGGAAAGUAUUUGGAAGAUGAAACAUUAUGCCGAAUUGCUCAGAAAUAUAACAAGUCUCCAGCUCAAAUUUGUUUACGUUGGAGUGUUCAGCAAAAUGUUCCAACUGUUCCCAAGAGUACAGAUUCGAAGAGACUGAAAGAGAACACGGAUGUUUUUGAUUUUGAACUUUCUGAAGAGGAUAUGGAUACACUUUCCUCAUUUUCAUCUCAGAAUAGAAAGAUCGUCGACCUCUCCAACAUCUGCCAGAAGAUGUCCCUUCCAGACGGCUACAAAUUGAAUGGACGUGUCUUUGGUGUUCCAGAAGAUAACGAAAGAAUGCAGAAGAGUUGCUCAAAAUGUGCUCGAGAUCACAAUAUUCCUCAACCUGUUUGUAUAUAA